GAACGUGCAUAGAAGGUACAGUGCCAAAAUUGUUUGAGGGAAAAAUGGUCCCAUUUAUCAAGUUCAAAAACAUGGAGUAUAAAUACACAAGCGAUGAAACAUUUUAUGACAUACAGUUAAAUAUAAAGGACAAGAAGAACAAUCUUUUUAUAUUUCAGUUUACGAGUCUUUUAGCGACUAUAUGAAUACAGGAAGUCUCGACAGCGAUAAUGAAUGCGACAUGGAAGAACAUGGAUUACAAGAAACAGAAAAGGGUGUAAUCUUUUCUUCAUUUCCACCAGUUUUACAUUUACAUUUAAUGCGUUUCCAGUAUGAUCCAGUUACAGAUUGUUCUGUCAAAUGUAAUGACAGGUUUGAAUUUUAUGAAGAGAUUAGUCUUGGCAAAUAUCUGCAAAACAAAGAAACAAGUGCAGAUUACACAUUAUAUGCAGUUCUGGCUCAUAGUGAAAAUCAUGGUGGAUACUAUGUUGUAUUUAUUAAUCCUGCUGGUAAUGGCAAGUGGUACAAGUUCGACGAUGAUGUUGUCUCGCGGUGUACAAAGCAGGAAGCUAUCGAACACAAUUAUGGUGGUCAAGGCAAGGAUACUUGCCUGACUGUGAAAUAUUGCAUUAAUGCUUAUAUGCUGGUUUACAUAAAAAAUUCAGAGCUGGAAAACGUUUUGCAAGAAGUCAAAAAAGAGGAUAUUCCUCAAGAAGUCAAAAACGUCUUUCAAAGAGAUCUUUCCCAGAAAAUGGCAGGAAUACUCCAUGAUAAUAUUUGGGACACCGAUCCCGAGCUUUUCGAUUUGAUGAAAAAGGAGAAGACACGACAGGAAAGCGGGUUAGAACUGAUUGCCAGUGAAAAUUUUACAUCCCUCAGUGUCUUACAGUGCUUAGGUUCGUGCCUGCACAACAAAUACAGUGAAGGGUACCCUGGUCAAAGAUAUUACGGCGGAAACGAAUAUAUUGACGAAAUCGAGUUACUGGCGCAAAAACGCUCUUUGGAAGCCUUCAAUUUAGAUCCUGAACAAUGGGGCUGUAAUGUACAGCCUUAUUCGGGAAGUCCGGCAAAUUUCGCGGUGUACACAGGCUUAAUGGAGCCUCACGGACGUAUAAUGGGCUUAGAUUUGCCCGAUGGUGGCCAUCUUACUCAUGGUUUCUUCACGGUGAAUAAGAAGAUUUCCGCUACGUCUAUUUUCUUCGAAUCGAUGCCAUAUAAAGUUGAUCCUGAAAGUGGUUAUAUCGAUUACGAUGGGCUCGCGAAACAGGCGAGAUUAUUCAAACCGAAAGUUAUCAUCGCUGGAAUUUCCUGCUAUAGCAGGUGUCUGGACUAUAAACGUUUCCGCGAAAUCGCCGACGAAAAUAAUGCUUACCUCUUCAGCGACAUGGCUCACAUCUCUGGAUUGGUUGCCGCCGGAAUAAUACCAAGUCCUUUCGAAUAUAGUGAUGUUGUUUCGACAACUACGCAUAAGACUUUACGAGGUCCGCGCGCUGGUGUUAUUUUCUACCGAAAAGGCGUUCGAAGCGUUACAAAAGAUGGCAAGAAGAUUAUGUACGAUAUAGAAAGUAAAAUUAAUCAGGCAGUCUUUCCAGGCCUUCAAGGCGGGCCUCAUAAUCACGCUAUCGCUGCUAUAGCCACCACUAUGAAACAAGUUAAAACACCAGAAUUUCUCGCUUAUCAGAAACAAGUAACGGCUAAUGCGAAGAGGUUGUGCGCCGGCUUACAAAAAUAUGGCUAUAAUAUCAGUACUCAUGGCACAGAUGUCCAUCAGUUAUUGGUAGAUCUACGAUCGACGGGUAUCACCGGUGCAAAGGCAGAAAAGAUUCUGGAAGAUAUUUCUAUCGCUUGCAAUAAGAAUACUGUUCCCGGUGAUAAAAGUGCAUUGAAUCCUAGCGGGAUUAGAUUGGGAACACCCGCACUCACAACUCGUGGCUUAGUCGAGGAAGACAUUGACAAAGUCGCGGAAUUCAUACAUAGAGGAUUGCAGCUUUCUAAGAAAGUAAGUGCUAUUUCGGGACCGAAGCUGCCAGAUUUCAAGAAAGUAUUAAGUACCGACGACAAUAUUAAAGCAAAAGUUGCGACACUAAAGGAGGAAGUAGAAACCUUUUCGAAGCAAUUUUCAAUGCCUGGUCAGAAGAUAUAUUAAUAUUGCAACAGUACUUCAUUUAUAACCCCGAUGACACAAUACUUUGUGUGAAUACAUUGCUGUGCGAGUUUUAUAUUAAUAAUAUGGAAUAUAAGGUAUUUUUUUUACAAGAAUAAAAUAAUUUUUUUUCGUUUGAGUUACCUGAGAAACUUUGUAAUAAAAAAAUGCAUGUAACUAUUUUUUGAUAAAAUAUAAAUAUUUAAAUAAAUACCAUCACAAUUGUAUUUAAUAUAUCCGGUUUCAUUUUUAAGUAUAAGAUUGUGCUUUAUAUGUACAACAUAAUAUUAAGUAAAAUAAACAAAUCUUAAUUUUGUAUAAUUUAUCAAUAUAUAUGUAUGAUUA